CGUCUACUACUGCGUUACCACCACCGCCGCCUCGCGUGUACCGUGUGCCGUGCCUGUGCUGCCGGGCGAAAACGCGUUUUUAAAAAACUCAAUUCCGAUCAUUCCUGACAUUCCGAUCCGCGCUGUCGAAACCUCGGCACACACAACAACACACACACAGCCGAGAGCGCACACAAACGGUUGCCGUUGCCAUCAUCGCACGUCUCUCAGUGACGAUCCCCGGCCCGCGCGGGACACAGCUAUACCCAGAAACAGUACCGAGGACACCCGCCAAGGAUACAGUGAAGAGAGGACAUACGAGGUGGUUUUUUUUUUGAUUUUGGAUACCUACCCAGGCUUCCCGGGACGACGACAUGGACGGCGAAUCGCCACUGCAAGUGCUGUCGAGGGCGGCCACCAUGCUGCACGGGGAGGAAAAAGCCGCCGAGUCCCAGUACGCCGCCGCAGCCAAUCACUCGAGGUCGUUGUCGUUGAGAUGCUCGGCUAUGGAAGGAACCGUUGGCACCGUGGGCAAAUGGAAGCGGGAGAGAAGACACAGAGCCGUUACGUCACCGGUAUCGCCGACUAAUUUCAGAAGUACCCAAGAGCCGUUGGACAUGACGACUAAUGCCGGCAGGUCAGCGACGGUUCCUAAAGAACGGGCUUCGGUCAUCAUGGCCUCGUCGUCGCCGCCGUCAGUCGUCUUGAGCAGACCGCCGACAACAACGACCACGACCACAACGACGACCGGGGCAGGUGGCAUGAGCGAUCCGGUGAUCGACGAACACUUCAGGAGGUCGCUGGGCAAAGACUACAUGAGCGUGUUCGCCCCAGCCGUCGCGGUCCAAGAGGAAACGGCAGACGAGUCGCCCGAAGAGAACACCGGACUUUCCGCAGUGGACGAUCACUUCGCCAAAGCACUGGGAGACACUUGGGUGAAGCUUCAGAAAGAAGAAUAUCAGAAAAAAAGAACAAACGAUAAUAGGCGAAAAGUAUACGUGUAAGCGGGGGACGGAUUGCAAUUGAAAAUUCGAGUAUCGUCGUCUCAUCAUCCAAUUUUCGGUGUUUGAACUGUUACGAUUAAUAUGUCUGUAUAUAUUUAUAUUACGCGGUAGGAAGAGAAAGCUCGGGUUACAAAACUAUUAUUAUUAUUAUUUAUGUAAAUGUAUUCUUUGUACACGCUUUAAACUUUGUAAAUAAAACAAAAAUAUAUUUAUGACAUUUA